CAUGCAGGACAUCACUCACCUUCACACCAAUCACAAUUGUCCACCUACGUACUGAGCAGGUCUCGGUGCGGCAGGCAUCCCACACCUUUUGACAUUUCUGCCAGAGCACUAAGCGAAUCUUCGGCUGGACCGCAAGGCACCUCUCUUAAUCAAGACCCUUACGCAAUACGAUGAGAGCAUCCAUCUCGAUCGCGUACUGCUUCAGCAUCGGCUCGGCAUUCGCACUGCCGCUCAUCUCGUCGCCAACCAUCGACGGCAAUCCCGGACUGGACAGGCAUGCAUUUGGCACUCGAUGGGACGAGCCCUUGACGAACUACGCGAGGCCAGGGGGCACACCGAGUCUCACAAACUCGCUGCUCUUGCCGCAAACAGCCAAGAUUGCGGGGUUGUCUGGUGGCUCGCGCGCUGGCCAGAUGGAGAAGAAGAGGUUGCAGAAGUACGCUGAUAGCCUUGGGCAGCCCGAGAGUAGACUCAAGAAUCCUGAGCACCAUGGCCAUCAAGGCCACGCACAACAAAAGGAGCAUCAUGGCAAUGGGGAGAACCACCAAAAAGCUGAGAAGGCGUCGAAAGAGGCAACGAGCAACUCCAGGGUAGAGUUUGGCGGCGCCGGACGCUGGGGGCUUGGUCCCUUCUCGCACAAGCAAGGAGCAUACUUUGACGAGCCACGCAUCGUGCAUGGCAAGUGAAAUCAUCCGUACAAGUGUGCUCUAGACUUGCAGGGCAAAAGUGCUGUAGCGACCUUCUCACCAUAUGGUUCGCUCUCGUGCAUACCGAUCCAAG